CCGGCAUUUCAGUUGAAGCGGUGGAUAGCGCUCGAGGUGUUGGGCGCCCUCGCAAUUUGCAUCGGAAUCCUCUUCGCAACCCAGGUCUCUAUCUGGACGUGGGUCACCGCCCUGGCCCGGAUUGUCAGCCUCGAGGGUGAGCCUUCCUGGGUUCGCAGCGGCGUAUUUAUUGCCGCAGGCGCGCUGUUCGUCCUUGCAGGCUCCCUGCGCCUGGCCAGGUCGCUAACCACUAUCUCCCUAAGAAGACGCAACUCCCGCUUGUUCGACUCCCUGUACAUCGAGCGGGUCUUGGCCGCCGGGCCCAGGGUGGUCGUGAUUGGCGGCGGCAGUCGGUUGCCGAACCUGCUGCGGGGCCUGAAAAACAUGACGUCAAACAUCACCGCGGUGGUGACAGUGGCCGAUGAUGGGGGAAGCUCGGGAAGGCUGCGCUCCGAGUUGGGGAUCUUGCCUCCCGGGGAUAUUCGCAACUGCCUGGUGGCUCUCGCCGAUUCCGAAGAUGUCAUGCAGCGGUUGAUGGACUAUCGAUUCUCCUCCAACGGUCAGUUGGACGGCCACAGCUUUGGCAACAUUCUCAUCGCCGCUCUGGCCGGGAUUGGCGGCGAUUUCUCCGACGGCGUGGUUAUGGCCGGGGAACUGUUGGCCAUCCGCGGGCAGGUGAUUCCAUCCACCGCCGUGGACGUGACUCUGACCGCCCGCACCGCAACGGGCCAAAACCUGGUUGGCGAAUCAACGAUCGGGGCGGCGAAAGACCCUCUCCGGUCCCUGGCUUUGGAGCCGCCCGGAGCAGCCGCUCACCCCGGCGCCAAGAAGGCCAUCGAAGAGGCUGACUUGAUAAUUCUGGGUCCGGAAGCCUGUUCACCAGCAUUGUUCCCAACCUUCUGGUGA